AUGCUUCCCUUGCGUCUCUCGAGCCAGAAUCGGCGGAGGACCAUACCUCACUUCCUUGCCCUUCUAACUGAGCGCAUCUCGUCUGUGCCUGGUCCAGUAUGGAUCAUCCGCAUCCUCGAGAUCGCUCGGCCUGACCAAGCGGGAACCCUCAUCACCAUAUUCCCGCAUACGGAGCGCCGCGAGGAGCAGGCGAUAGGUGCGGACGUCGUCAUCAUCAACGGACGAGUUCACACAAUGGACACGAACAACAACCUCGCCAGCGCUGUGGCGAUCAAGGACGGCAAGUUCGUCUAUGUUGGUGCCGAGGGCGAGGAGCUUCCGCUCUUUAUCGGGGAGCCCCGCAUUAUCGACGUCGGCGGAAGACUGGUCUUCCCAGGCAUCAUCGAUAGCCACAAUCAUAUUGUUCUCAUGGGUAACCGGCCUGGACACCACACGCCUCUAGAGAACGCUUACUCCGUAGCCGAUGUGCAGGAGACAUACGAAGCCCGCGCCCGGGACCUUCCUGUCGGAGAGUUUGUCACGACUAUUGGAGGUUUUCACAUAAACCAGUUUGCCGAAAACAGACUGCCCACCCUACAAGAGUUAGACGAGGCAGCUCCGGAGCACCCCGUUUACAUUUCCCAGAGCUUCUUUGGCCCCAGUAUUACAAACACUCUAGGCAAGGCAUUCUUCGAGGCCGCGGACCCCCAUAGCGAGACGGGCAAAGCCCUGUUUGCCCUUCGCGAACUACACGGCUUCGAGGAUCGCAAACGGGGAGUCAAGGAUGCCAUGGCGUAUGCUGCAUCGCUCGGCGAUAACUACGAAAUGCACAAGCCUUGGCUCGCGGUAUACGACGAAGGCGAAGGCAGUGUGCGUCUACGCAUCAACUAUUUGCAUUUUGACGACUCUCUCGAUCUCCCGUCUCUUGAACAGCGCUUGAAAAAUUCGUACAAAUUCUUUGGCAACGAUAUGGUUCGUACUGGUGGGAUCGGCGAGUUCAUCUCCGCAAAUCAAACCGGAGGUCCCCUUUUCGACGAGGCUGCACGGCGAAUCGCUCAGGCCGGAUGGAGGGUCGAGGUUCAUUCGCUCACAAGCACCGAUUUCAAGACCGAGAUCGAGGCGUUCGAGGCUGUCAAUACCGAACAUAGUAUCCAGGAGCUACGCUGGGUUGUCGCGCAUGUUCCCCUCAUCACCGAUGAGUAUCUUGAGCGGCUCAAGGCUAUUGGCGGCGGAGUUACCCUCACGGGCUACCUCUAUCUCGCCGGGCGAGGCCCCAAGGCCGGGCCACCUUUCAGAGCUAUCCUUGAUAGCGGGAUCCCCGUAGGCAUGAGCUCGGAUGGUAUGCAAAUCGCCCCUAUGAACCCGUGGGUGCACGCGUACUAUGCCACGACAGGCAAGAACGCCUUAGGGGAACUCAUUAACGAAGGCCAGCAAAUCACUCGCCAGGAGCUUCUCGAGCUGUACACUAGCAAGAACCAGUGGUUCCUCGGAGGCCCCGACGAGAAGCUUCUCGGUGCAAUCGAAGUCGGCCGCCUAGGAGAUUUGAUCGUACUGAACGAUGACUAUUUCUUUGUUGAGGAUGAGGAGCUCAAGAAGCUUCGGUCGGUUUUGACAAUUGUUGGUGGAAAUAUUGUACACAGUACAGGGAAGUUGGUGAUGCCUAGUACUGUAUUUGUAAUGGUAGUGGUAAUUAGGGAGAACUAG